AUGACGCUUAACACAAGGCCAGUAUUUGGAGGUGUAAGGUCUCGCAUUGGAGUACAGCAAAAUCUUCUAAACAGAUCAUCACCAGCGGUCAGCUUCCAGCGGACAUUUGAUGCCCGACAGAAGAUUGGACUCACUGAUGCCCGACACAAACUGGGGGUUAAAGAUGCCCGUGAAAAACUGGUUCAAAAGGACGCUCGGUUCAAGAUCAAAGGGAAGGUGCAGGAUGCUCGAGAGAUGUUGAAUUCCCGUAAACAGCAAAGUGUUGCUGCUGAAAAGGUGACCAAAGUGGUGGAUGCCAGAGAGAAGAUCAGCUUAAAAAGGAGCACUCCAGCUGCCAUCAGCCCAACUAUGGGGACAGUAAAUCCAGCCAUGAAAAUCACCAAAACUAUCCAACAGAAGGCUCCAGUUCCUGUACACUCUCAUCCAGCAGGAAUGAGGAUCAAUGUGGUGAACAACCAUACACACAAACAGGGUCUGUAUGACGUGGAAGAUGAUGAUGAAAGUGUCUCUCCCCUUACUAGCAAACAGAUGAAAAUCACCACCGCAAACAGUUUCCUGCACAACGCGACUGGGCUGACUGGCAAUAAAUUCUCUCUGUCCAAGACUGUUCCUCUGACUAAAGUGGUCCAGAAUGAUACGUACACAGCACCGCCUGCACCUCCCUCUCCUAUGCGGACAAAGGCCUUGACAAACAUGUCCCGGACUUUGGUGACAAAGGAGGAGCCUCCAAAAGAACCAGCACCUGUUGAGCUGGCAUUCAGUCCUUUGGAAGGCACAAAGAUGACUGUAAACAAUCUGCAUCCUCGAGUCACAGAGGAAGACAUUGUUGAGUUAUUCUGUGUGUGUGGCGCUCUGAAGCGAGCCCGGCUGGUGCACCCUGGAGUGGCUGAGGUAGUAUUUGUGAAGAAAGAAGAUGCUAUCACAGCAUAUAAGAAAUACAACAACAGGUGCUUGGAUGGUCAACCAAUGAAAUGCAAUCUUCAUAUGAAUGGGAAUGUCAUUACCUCAGACCAGCCUAUAUUGCUCCGAUUGAGCGAUACCCCUGCAGUGAAGAAGGAAGGGGAACCACGCCGGUCAAGUGCAAGCAGCUCCUCAAAUCCCCCUGCUGAGGUGGACCCUGACACUAUCUUGAAGGCACUCUUCAAAUCCUCAGGGGUCUCUGCCUCUGUGCAGCCCACAGAAUUCAAAAUUAAACUCUGAGAAGGGAGAGCAAGGAGUGGACUGGAAAACCCAUUGAAGUUGGGGAAUGAGAUGAGUGCAGGAGUGCAGAUGUUAUUUGCAUUUGCCUGCCUUAAAAUUUUUUUGUUUUCUAUGAUUGCUACCUUACUGUACAAUAGUGUUUCCUCUUGUGUGUGUACUUUCUGUUUUCAUAGUUGGAGUUUUCUUCCAUGAUUUUUUUCCAAAAGAAUAACCUCUCCCCCUUCUACCAGUAAUGUAUUACCAAGCAUAUACCAUGUAACUCCCUCCUUUAUUCCAAAGCCGCUAGUGGCCAUUAAACGUGCACAUAGACUUUGAGGGAA